AUGGCCGCCCGGGCGGCGACGUGAGCGGCUCGGCGGACCCCGCGCCGGGGCCGAGCCGCCCCCAGAGCCGCCGCCGAGCCUGCGGCGCGAGAGCCCCGGGCCAUGCGGCCGCCGCCGCUCCUGCCGCGGCUGUCGCUGCUGUCGCUGCUGCUGCUGCUCGGCGGCCGCGGCGCCGCGGCGCCCCCCGCAGACUCUCUUUCCCAGCUGCCUGCUCCUCGAAACCCGAAGGUUCGCCUGUACAAUGCCGAGCAGGUUCUGAGUUGGGAGCCGGUGUCCCUGAGCAAUGACACGAGGCCGGUGGUCUACCAGGUGCAGCAUAAAUACCGUAGUAGCAGUACGUGGUAUGACCUCGGUGACAAGGGGGAGGUAAACUGUAUGAACAUCACCACAACAGAGUGUGACUUCACCCGAAAAGGCAACUCAGUCUUUCUGCGACCGGAAUUCGACACCUUUUUACGUGUUCGAGCGAAGGUAGACGACCUGGUCUCUCCAUGGCUGACAGUGCCUUCUUUCCGGUACUGUAGGAAUGUUACCGUCGGGCCUCCUGAAAACAUUUGGGUGACUCCAGGAGAAGGCUCCCUUAUCAUCAGGCUCUCCUCUCCCUUUGACGUCCAUGCCUUCUCGGCCACUUUUUUGUAUUAUGUCCACUACUGGGAAAAGGCAGGAAUCCCACAGGUUAAAGGCCCUUUCAGGAGCACCUCCAUCGUGUUGAAUGAUUUGAAACCCUUAAGAGAAUACUGUUUACAAGUCAAAGCGCAACUGGUUUGUGAAGAAGGGAACAUCUCUAGACCCGGACACUUAAGCAACGUAUCUUGCUACAAAACAGCGAUGGAUGCCGCCACAAAACUCCAGCAAAUCAUCGUGAUUGCUGUGGGACUCUUUCUGUUCCUGUCGAUGCUGGCGGGGGCCUGUUUCUUCCUGGUCCUGAAAUACAGAGGCCUGGUGAAAUACUGGUUUCACUCUCCACCGAGCAUCCCGUUACAAAUAGAAGAGUAUUUAAAGGACCCGGCUCAGCCUAUCUUGGAGGCCCUGGACAAGGACAGCUCGCCAAAGGAUGAUGCCUGGGACUCUGUGUCCAUUGUUUCAUUUCCAGAGAAGGAGCAAGAAGAUGUUCUCCAGAGUAUUUUGCACCAAAGCCCCGGUCCAGUCCAGCAGCCUGUGGGAUGAGGGCUCUGAGCGGACGAAGCAGCUGAUGUUCGAGUCGUGACUUCACAGAGCCCAGCACUCCAUAUUCCCGUCCCGCCAAGGCCGCCGGUGCCUGGGAAGAUGCUAUGGGUCUCGUAGGGGAGACAAGUUUUUUUUUUUUUCUAGAGUUUUCUAAUCAUACAAGUUUCUAGAAUGAUUCUACAGAGAUAGCCCAGAAUAAUUAAGGUUUCUCUUAAACACUAAAAGGACACAUAAUUGUUAGCAAAAUGGCUCUGGUACGCCUCUGAGGUUUCGUUCGUCGGCAGCGAGGACGCCGGGUCCUCUCCUUGACUCGGGCGGGUGGGCUGCAGCCCCUGGGGCAGGUCAUGUAACCUGUCCCAGGCUGUCCCAAUGAGGGACAUCGAGUAACCCUUCGCCAUAGCCAAUCUCCUGACUUAAAAUGUGAUUAGUCCUGUAAAUAUUUUCCUGGUAAUUUAAGCCUUUUUUUUUUUUUUUUUCAAGCUAGGAAUAAAAGACUUUAACUUUUUCAAAGUAAAA